AUGGGGCAAAGCGUGCUCCGGGCGGUCUUCUUUUUAGUCCUGGGGCUUUUGGGUCAUUCUCACGGAGGAUUCCCCAACACCAUCAGCAUAGGUGGACUUUUCAUGAGAAACACGGUGCAGGAGCACAGUGCUUUCCGCUUUGCCGUGCAGUUAUACAACACCAACCAGAACACCACUGAGAAACCCUUCCAUUUGAAUUACCACGUAGACCACUUGGAUUCCUCCAAUAGUUUUUCUGUGACUAAUGCUUUCUGCUCCCAGUUCUCCAGAGGGGUGUAUGCUAUCUUUGGAUUCUAUGACCAGAUGUCAAUGAACACCCUGACCUCCUUCUGUGGAGCCCUGCACACAUCGUUUGUCACACCGAGCUUCCCCACUGAUGCAGAUGUGCAGUUUGUCAUUCAGAUGCGCCCAGCCUUGAAGGGGGCCAUUCUGAGCAUGCUGGGCUACUACAAGUGGGAGAAGUUUGUAUACCUCUAUGACACAGAGCGAGGGUUUUCCAUCCUACAAGCAAUUAUGGAAGCAGCAGUGCAAAACAACUGGCAAGUGACAGCAAGGUCUGUGGGAAACAUAAAGGACAUCCAGGAGUUCAGACGCAUCAUUGAAGAAAUGGACAGAAGGCAGGAAAAACGAUACUUGAUUGACUGUGAAGUCGAAAGGAUUAACACAAUUUUGGAACAGGUUGUGAUCCUGGGGAAACAUUCAAGAGGUUAUCACUACAUGCUUGCUAACCUGGGUUUUACUGACAUUUUACUGGAAAGAGUCAUGCAUGGGGGAGCCAACAUUACAGGUUUCCAGAUUGUCAACAAUGAAAACCCAAUGGUUCAGCAGUUCAUACAGCGCUGGGUGAGACUGGAUGAAAGGGAAUUUCCCGAAGCCAAGAAUGUACCACUGAAGUAUACAUCUGCAUUGACACACGAUGCAAUAUUGGUCAUAGCCGAAGCCUUCCGAUACCUGAGGAGGCAGCGAGUGGAUGUAUCCCGCAGAGGCAGUGCUGGAGACUGCUUAGCGAAUCCUGCUGUGCCCUGGAGUCAAGGAAUUGAUAUUGAGAGAGCUCUGAAAAUGGUGCAAGUCCAAGGAAUGACUGGAAACAUCCAAUUUGAUACUUAUGGACGUAGGACAAAUUAUACCAUUGAUGUGUAUGAAAUGAAAGUCUCAGGCUCUCGAAAAGCUGGUUACUGGAAUGAGUAUGAAAGGUUUGUGCCCUUCUCAGAUCAGCAAAUCAGCAAUGAUAGUGCAUCCUCAGAGAACCGGACAAUUGUCGUGACUACCAUUCUGGAAUCACCAUACGUAAUGUAUAAAAAGAAUCAUGAGCAACUAGAAGGAAAUGAGCGCUAUGAAGGCUAUUGUGUUGAUUUAGCCUAUGAAAUAGCCAAACAUGUAAGGAUCAAAUACAAAUUAUCCAUUGUCGGUGAUGGGAAAUAUGGCGCACGAGAUCCAGAGACUAAAAUAUGGAAUGGCAUGGUUGGGGAACUUGUCUACGGAAGAGCUGAUAUAGCUGUUGCUCCACUCACUAUAACAUUGGUCCGUGAAGAAGUCAUAGAUUUUUCAAAGCCAUUUAUGAGCCUGGGAAUCUCCAUCAUGAUAAAGAAGCCUCAGAAAUCCAAACCAGGCGUAUUUUCAUUCCUGGAUCCUUUAGCUUACGAAAUAUGGAUGUGCAUUGUCUUCGCUUACAUUGGAGUCAGUGUAGUUCUCUUCCUGGUCAGCAGAUUUAGCCCUUAUGAAUGGCAUUUGGAAGACAACAAUGAAGAACCUCGUGACCCACAAAGCCCUCCUGAUCCUCCGAACGAAUUUGGAAUAUUUAACAGUCUUUGGUUUUCCUUGGGUGCUUUUAUGCAGCAAGGAUGUGAUAUUUCUCCAAGGUCACUUUCUGGGCGCAUUGUUGGAGGGGUUUGGUGGUUCUUCACCCUGAUCAUAAUUUCCUCCUACACUGCAAACCUUGCUGCUUUUCUGACUGUGGAGAGGAUGGUGUCCCCCAUUGAGAGUGCUGAAGAUUUAGCCAAGCAGACUGAAAUUGCAUAUGGGACCCUGGACUCUGGUUCGACAAAGGAAUUUUUCAGAAGAUCCAAAAUUGCUGUGUACGAGAAAAUGUGGUCUUACAUGAAAUCAGCAGAACCAUCUGUGUUUACCAAAACAACAGCUGAUGGGGUAGCCCGAGUUCGGAAGUCCAAGGGCAAGUUCGCCUUCCUGCUGGAGUCAACCAUGAAUGAGUACAUUGAGCAGAGAAAGCCAUGCGAUACGAUGAAAGUUGGUGGAAAUCUGGAUUCCAAAGGCUAUGGUGUGGCAACCCCUAAAGGCUCAGCAUUAAGAACGCCUGUAAACCUUGCAGUAUUGAAACUCAGUGAACAAGGCAUCUUAGACAAGCUGAAAAACAAAUGGUGGUACGAUAAGGGGGAAUGUGGAGCCAAGGACUCCGGGAGUAAGGACAAGACCAGUGCUCUAAGCCUGAGCAAUGUGGCAGGCGUGUUCUAUAUACUUGUCGGAGGUCUGGGUCUGGCCAUGAUGGUGGCUUUGAUAGAAUUCUGUUACAAAUCACGGGCAGAGUCAAAACGCAUGAAACUCACAAAGAACACCCAAAACUUUAAGCCUGCUCCUGCCACCAACACUCAGAAUUACGCUACAUACAGAGAAGGCUACAACGUGUAUGGAACAGAAAGUGUUAAAAUCUAG